AUGGACGAAACUGGUAUGCAGUUUGAUUAUCGCCCUGAAAAAAUAAUUGCUAAAAAAGGAGUAAAGUAUCUACAUAGUCGUACUUCAGGUAAUCGGGAAACGAUUACUGUUAUAGCAUGCUUUAAUGCAACCGGUAACUCUAUUCCUCCACAUUUUAUAGUAAAAGGAAAAACUAUAAGAUCUCUGUGCAAUUUUCAAAUUGAAAAUGCCCCUGAAGGAAGCACAUGGAGUGUUUCAGACAGUGGUUGGACAAAGCAGGGCAUUGCAUUUCUCUGGUUUACAAAGUCAUUUCUUCCAAAUAUUGGUUCUGACAGACCUCAGUUACUUAUUUUAGAUGGACAUGACUCACACAACUUUGUUGAGUUAUUAGAUGUGGUUGUGGCAAACAAAAUACACAUUGUUGAAUUGCCUGCGCACACUUCCAACUGGCUACAACCUUGUGAUAGGACAGUGUUUGGCCCACUCAAAAAAGCUUACAGAAAAGCAUGUGAGAAUUUGAUUAGUAAUUUUCCUGGGACACUAGUUUCGAAAGUUAGUUUUUGUGGCUUGAUGAAGCAGGCUUGGAGUGAAUCUGUUACUGUAAAUAAUAUUAAAUCUGGUUUUCGAGCUUGUGGAAUCUAUCCAUAUGAUCCAAAUAUAGUUCCAACCGAAGCUUACAUUCCUAAUUCGCUAUACAUGUCGUCAGAAAGCCAUCAAAAAAGUGAGAACAUAUUGAAUAACAUAGACAAAUUAACAUCACUAUCUAAUGAUCAUUGUGAAAUAGAAGAGUUUAUGGAAUACCCAUCAAAUCCAACAAAUGAGGAACAAGUUGACUUUUCUAUAUCAGCGUUAGCAAUUAACAAAUCUCCACCUUUAAAUUUUGAUCAUACAUAUGCCAUUUCUAAUACAUCAGUAACUAAUUUAGUUUCUGUUAAUAAUAAUAAUAAAGAUAGUGUCAUUUCUAAUACACCAGCAACUAAUUUAAUUUCUGGUAAUAUUAAUAAUCAAGAUGUCACAAGAAAAAAAGAGAUAGGAGGUUUAGAUAUCUAUCAAAAUUUUCCAUUUCAAAAUCAUUCUUUUCCAGGAGAUCCAGAUUCUGAUUUAUUGCUAUGUUCUACUUAG